UUUGAAGGUGUGGGAAGACGUGGUACCGGAAGCGCUUUUCCUUCCUGUGUCAGCACGCCAACGUGUUCGUGUGUUCCCGGAGUGAACUAGAGCCUGUAUGUUUGGAUAAACCUUCUUUUAUACAGUCAGUGGGAUAAACGUGUUAAAGUGGAAACUUUGGUUUCACCUUUCAUCUCCUGUUAGCCACGAAUGCUAACUGAAGUUAGCUUAGCUUGCUAGCUGGAAAUAGACGGAACUCGGCCACACAGCGCUGGUUGGAGGAACUCUGAGUCCAAACUGUGUUUUUCAUUUGUUUAAAAUGUCUAAAGUCCAGAUGCUGAGAGGUUUUAUCAACCAGCGACUAACUGCGGCUGCUGAAGAGAUAUUUGGGCUGUUUGAAAGAACGAUAUCAGAGUACGAGGAGGAACUCUGUCGUUCCAAAGAGGAGAACCAGAGACACAGGAAACUACUGGACGCUGUUUUCCAGCCUGAAGUCCGGUUACACAGAGCAGACGUCCAGCAGCCGUUGGUGAGUAAAGAAGAGGUUCCCCCUGAACAGCAGCAGCACUGGAGCCCCAGGCUGGACCAGGAGGACCCACCAGAGCUGCCACACAUUAAAGAGGAACAGGAGGAACUCUGGACCAGUCAGGAGGGAGAGCAGCUUCCAGAGCUGGAGGAGGCUGAUAUCACAGAAUUCUUAUUCAGGGCCUCAUCACAGGCACUGACCGGUAGAGCGGACACCGACUUCAAUUGCGUGCCAAAUGAACAGACCAUGGCCUUCUCAUGCUUGGAAACACAGCAGACAGAUGGACAUGCAAGCUGUCUAACUCCUCCGUGUGCACCCUCCGACUAUCCUGGAUUAUCUUUGACACAAACACAGAACUCGUGGACCAGCCGGGUUGAGAUUCCUUGGGACAAGAUGCCAGCUUCACUCUCAAAGGCAGUUAUAGGAGGUCAGAGAGCUAGCCCUGCAGACAGAAGAGCCAUGGUGAGAGCCGUGGUGGGGGUCAUGCAGGAACACUGCCCAAACCCCAACAGGGCUGCCUGUGUAGAGAUAGCCAAAAUGAUCGUGUCCAGAUAUCCUUUGACCUUUGCAGACACAACUGGUGAAGGUGAACAGCUGGGAGUAGGUUACUAUUCACUCGUCAAUCAACUUAAGACAAGAGUUGAACACGUGAACCGAAACAAUUUAUCUCACAGGAUAAGGCGACCAAGGACAACGACUCAAAGCAGCGCUGCCACAAAAACAGUGCGGUGCAAAGUCGACAGCUACGGUUGCAUAAACUGGCAGCCAAAAUCUUUACCAGAAGGAGAGACAUUUAAAUCUUUAGAGGACAGGAGAAAAACUCUGACAGCCAUAUUUCGGUCCGCUGGCCCCAGAGCUGCAGACACGCCAGAUAUUGACGACUCAAUGAGUUUAACGUACAUUUAUCAACGACACACGAUAAACUCCUGCCCUCCUCCGAGCGUCAGUGCGAUUGAAGAACAAUGGCCUUUCCUCUUUACUAAAAGAGGACUCUGCGCCCAUUUCAAAACCCUCACAGGCAUUGAUAUCUGUGAUCGAGUAGCAGAGGCUCUUCAAAGCAAGGGGAAGAGGAUCAUAUACUUCUUCCAAAGGCAGAGUGAGAGCGGAGACGUGCAGAGUGAGAGCGGAGACGUGCAGAGUGAGAGCGGAGACGUGCAGAGUGAGAGCGGAGACGUGCAGAGUCUUCUACGGGACUUUGACAGUAACAAAACGACCAUGCAGCCGAACCGGACCGGCAUAGCGGCAGUGCUUCUUUUAAUGAAGCACUUUCAUGAGAAAGAAGACUCCAUCUUCAUUCUGGUUGAUCCAACUGCAACAAAGGCAUCCAUUGAGAAAGACACGACCCUACCAGCCACACCAAGACUGAUAUUGCUUGGGAAAACGUUUCUCUCAGCAACAAAGUGGAUGGUGAGCAUCGAGGGAAAGGUGGCCUUUGUCUUGGAGGAGCACCUGGGUUUUGCAGACGCCUUGUCUGUGUUUUUUGGAUGCUUCUAUGUUUUCAACAUAGAAUACCAGGAGCCUGCGUGUGCGACCCUGGAACUCAUACAACGAUACUUUGUUAGGUUAAACCCAGAGAACGGAACAAAGUGCACCGCAAAAACCGGAGUGAGUCGUAAGACAGGAGAAAUUGUAAAGAGGAAGAUGGCAGUCGUCAACAACAGAGUGUCAUCCUUCAUCCGCCAGCUAACAGAGUUGGAGUGAAGAGCUUAGAUUAGAUCUCUAGCAGCUGUUGGUGAGUAAAGAAGAGUUUCACCCUGAGCAGCAGCAGUGGAGCCGCAGGCUGGACCAGGAGGACCCACCAGAGCCGUCGCACAUUAAAGAGGAACAGGAGGAACUCUGGACCAGUCAGGAGGGAGAGCAGCUUCAGCGGUUGCUGAAACGCAAAGGAACCCAAAUACAAGUGAAACCAUUUAGUUGCACAGUUUGUGGUAAAAUAUACCCCAGGAAGAAAUGCUUAAUGGCUCAUAUGAAAUUGGAUGGAUGGACUUUUCAGCUGCUCAGUUUGUAAAAAAAUCUUUCUAUGGAGAAGAGAUUUGGUGAGGCACAUGAGAAUUCACACCGGAGAGAAACCCUUCAAAUAUGCAGUCUGGUAAAAGAUUUGGAAUUAGCUCAACUUUGAGUUCACACUUAAGAUUUCCUACUGGAGGAAAAACUUAAUGUAACUGUCACUCUUGGAGACAGUUUGAUCAAACACAUGAGAUUUCAUACAGGGGAGAAACCAUGUAGUUGUUCAGUGUGUGGUAAGAUAUUUGCACGAAAGGAUCGUCUGAGACAAGAAACCAUUUAGUUUUUGGUAAAAGAUUUGCUCAACUUGGAACUGUGAGACGACACUUGACUGUUCACCUAGUGGCAGGGUUUGUGAUAAAAGAUUCACUCAGCUCUGUGGCGUCAACAAACAAGUUUGUUGGUGAGAGCAGUAGAAAUAAAUUAAGCUACUUUAGAGAGAUCCUGCAUUCAAAACUUCACUCAGGUAAAAGUAUUUGAGUGUUAGUAGAAAGUCUUACUAUUCUCUGGUAUAGAAUAUUCUCAGGGAGGUCUAGCUUGGAGUCCUUAGCUGACCCCACAAGUAUGUUUUGAGCAGUGUGCCUAUAUUUUUGUAUUGGAUGAAAAUUUGACGAAGAAAAAAGACGCCUUUUGUUUUUUGAACCAACAACAAUUGAUUUAUGGACUGAAUUUAAUUUGCUUCUUUAAACGAACUGAACUGUUUUUUUUUGGACUGAAUUGAACUGAACCCUGAGUGGAAAUGUGAAUUGUGUUUUAUUGUUUUGUUUAUGUGAUACACUUUUAUUAAUAGAAGUUGCCUUUGUCGCAUUUUAGAGUUUUACGGUACACUGGUUAUUUGCAUUCAAUGUGGUGGUCCAUAUCAUAAUAAUAUCCUUUGUGACAGUUGGUGGGUCAAAACUUGGUGGCACCCCAAAAACGCCUGAAAGUCAAACUGUCACAAUUUGACGUGUUCACAUGUUGUAUCUCCUCGGCCAGACCGUUCUCAUCUCAGGGCGUCCAAUACCAACGCUUUCAGAAAAAAUUACUAAGUACCCAUACACAUCCGAGACUGCAGCGACAUGGAUUCUUUCAAAUCACUUAUCAAACCCCACAUCUUUAGACUUAGCUUUUAACCUCAAAUAAUGUUAUAUUGCACCUGCUGCUGUUUGUUAUUUUGUUAUUUAUAUGGACGCCCCUUCGCUCUUAUGUAUUUAUGCACCACAAGUUUUUACCUACUGUUCAUAUAAUUUAUAAUUUUCUAUUUAUGUUUCUAUCUGUUAUAAAUGCACAUAAUUUCUGGUUUUACUGUAAAGUGUCCUGAACUAUAGAAAUAAAAUGUAUUAUUAUCGAGUGUA